GCAUUCAGGAAGUAACUUUUUUCUCCAGCAGGACAUUGGCAGCUUCAAUGUGAACAUGUCGUUUGGAGGUUAACUUGGAAAAAUAGUGAGCUAUUUAAAGUUGACGUACACUUAUCAUAUAUCAGUUGGGAGUGGGGUGUUUUAUUUUUUUAAUAAACGCAAGCUAGUGUUCCUGGCUUGAUAUUUUAGUAGGAUUAGCUAGUUAGCUAACGUUAGCCAGCUGGUGCUGUCCUCAGCAAGCAGCUGUUUUUCUUAGUGUUAGCUAGCUGGCUUUCUAACUGCAUUGAAACUUUUACAUUUACGAACGCGUUUUAACUUGAGUAAUGCGGAAGAAUGAUCGAAUGGCUUAAAGUAAGCUCUGCUAGGAAUAUAACUCAAGCUGUCAUGAAGUAGACGGAUUAAUUUCGAGAUCAUUUGUAAGGUAACCAUUCGAACCUGGCUAUAGCUCGUUGGCAUCAGGUUGUUCCCUACACCUGACUAUCUACGUUACGCUAUUUGAUGUGACGCCUUUACUUAUCGUACAAUUUAAAACAUUAUUUCAGUAAGUAGUUACAACAAUGAAGCUUUCUCGAGCAGAAUAUAAAACCAUAGCAAAAUUCACGGAACAACUCAGACCCACACGCCAGUGUAUGAAAAUGCUGAAGGACAGAUUUUCCAGUCACUCGCAGUCCACUCUGCUGAGCAUCUUCUCCCUGGAGUACCAGAGAAGAACGAAAAGAACGAUUUCAAAGCACCUUACCCCAGAAGCUAUUGAAAGCUACUACCAAAGGUACGUGAGCACGGUGAAGACUCGUCCCUCUUCCCCGGUCCUGUUGGACUUGGCCAAUGAGGUGGACGUCUCCCCCUCUCUCCUGGCGCGGGCCGUCCUGGAGAGGUUCCUCGAGGAGCGGGAGGGCGUAGCGCCCACCAAACCAGUCAUAAACAGCCUGCUGCGGGAGCCAUCUUUAAUUCCAGACCACAGUCUUGCAAAUCACGUCUACCAGUGCACAAUAAAUGACUGCUGCUACGGGCCGUUGGUAGACUGCAUCAAACAUGCUAUUGGCCAGGAACAUGAGGUCCUUCUGCGUGACAAGCUGAGAGAGAGAAACCUGUCCUUUUUAGAUGAAAAUCAACUACGUGCCAAGGGCUAUGACAAGACUCCAGACAUCAUCCUGGAGGUGCCAAUAGCUGUUGAGGGCCACAUUGUUCACUGGAUCGAGAGCAAGGCUUCUUUCGGGGAUGAGUGCAGCCAUCGCACCUACCUGAACGAGCAGUUCUGGAGCUACUGGAACAGUCAGGACCACACGAGUACCGGGUUUGUCCAUUUGGGUGACGCAGGGGCCCAUUUGGGUGAUGGAGAACAGAGAGCUCUUAAAGAUCCGAUGAACUCCCUGACACCGCUUCCUGCUGCAGAGGCGAGCCUUUCUUGUAGAAGAGACUCGUGGGCAAACCGUCAGGGGGAGCGCCGGACCAGACGACCGCCGCGUGGACGUCAGGAAAAACACUGGCUCUCGUGACGGCUGUAGGAAAACAUGGCGGCCUCCGACGACGACGCGGUUUCCCACGGCCGUCUCUUACCGAGCAGAGAGGAGGCCCGACUCCCGGCUGUUUGUUUUCCACCGUAGCCAAAACGAGAGGCGCGUGUGUCAGAGCGAGUCGGACCGUGACGCCCCAGAUCCGAGCACCGGGGGGGGGGCAGCCGUCGGGACUUCUGAGGGAGAGACGGAGCUGAGCUCGGGGUCAGACGCGGAAUAUGGCAGCUACGCCGCACCCGAACGUACCGUUUCUGUUAAACAACGGUGCACAAGUUCGCCGUAAGCUGCCAGCGGAUCAACAUUUGGAAAAGUAAUACCACUGCUGUCGUCAAAGUGUGCGCAUAUGUUACACAAAUAUAACAUGCCAAGAGACUGUUUUUUUUGGUCUUUAUUCCCCAUUCUGAGAUACCGUAGACAAUGAUCUAUUGUUGUGUCUACCUGAACAUCUUGUACAUGCAGUGACCUCCAACAAGUCUUCAUCAGGCUAUGUUGGCCAGCUGAGAACAUCCAUCUUUUAAGAACCAUGCAACGGGGAGAGUUUGAUAAACAGUCCAUAACAAGACGACAGAUCCACUUCCCUAGUGCCACAGGGCAUGCCAUGUACUAGUAUACAGUAAAAAGCCAUCCUGUAUUACUAAGUAACUUGGGGCAGAAAUGUAUAUGAAAUACCCCCAAUGGAAAUAUCUCAAGCUUCAUAAUAGUUGUUUUUUAUGCUGUUUUUGUUGAACAGGUGCUGUACAUUGCACUUAAAAGGCUUUCAACUAUGAGAAACUCACCCCUCAAUCA